AUGGCUUCCCCUACUCCACCAUCCCCCACCAAGCCUUCGGUCCACUCUACUCCUCUCUCUUCACCACCCACGGAUACCGAGUGCCAAUCAUGCACCCCUCGUCCAUAUGUCGAUCGCAUCCGAUCGCCCUCUCACAUCCUCCUCGCUAUCCGUCUUCUCUUCACCGACUCACAACGGCAACGCGAUCUGCUCACCAACUGGCUCCAUGUCCCCAUCGGUAUUACUGCGCUGCUCGUGCUGGUAUGGGCGAUCAAGCUCGGCAUGGACCGUGCACCCUUCCGCUUCCCCAGCCCCGUCAUCGCCAUGCUUCUCCUCUUUGCGCUGCUCCUCCUCGCCGACUAUUUCUCCACCCGCUUCCUCGCGCGCAAGAACGGCAAGAAAGUGUUGCUCGCUCCACUGCUGGCGCUGCUCGAGGCGCCGUGUGACUUUUGCCUCCGCUACAUGUCGGUCAUGUUCACGCCGAGCUUCAUCCUCAUCCCCGCGCGCGAGAUCAUCGCCGCGCGCGAAAUCGGCCUCAUCACCGGCUGGUUCGCCGCCUCCCAGUUCGCCGCCCUUGCCUUCCCCGUCAUCCUCCACAAGCUCGGCCGCUGGGCGAUAGCCAGCGCCAAGCACCGACUCGCCAGCAAAAAGGUAGACGAAGAGGGAAGGAGAACGAGCGAGGCGACGCUCGUAGGGGUUCUGUCUCACACGCUGUCGGUGGGAGAAAAGCCAAGUUUGGCCAAGGGCUUAACGGGCGUGACUGCAGUCGUCACCGCUCCCGUAGCAGCAGUAGCAGCAGGGGUGGGAGAUGCGGAGAGACAGUUGACGCACGUGCAGCUCGAGACUGCAAGGCAGCAGGGAGAUCCGUAUGCCAUGUCGCAUUCGCCCGUGCGCGAGCAUCACUAUCCCUCGCCGCGCUUGGGUCACGAUCAUCCUGGCUUUGCAAGAAGCAGGUCGCUCGCAAGACGCUUCGACCGAGGCGUAUCGCAGUCCCCACACAGAAGGGGCAGGAGCGGAAGACCGCAGAGCGCGGGUAACGAGGCGGUGUCGCCCACGUUUGACGAGUGGAUCUUUAGCGCACGACAGACCAGGAUCCAACAGCGACAGCUUGAACCGCUCGAGCACGAAGCAGACACCGUCGUGCCUACGCUCGCACCUCCAACUCCAGCAAGGAUGAGUGCGGAUUGUAGCCCGGGAGCUACGCGCAGGCCCAGUCGCGCAGACAGCGAAAUCACCGUCAGCAACGAUAGCCCACCCAACCAGCACGACUCCAAGUCCAAGGCCGAGCAACCACAGCAGUCCCAAUCUUCGGAGGAAGAGGAAGAAGAGGAAGAGGAAGAGGAGAAGAUGGAUGCAGUCGACCGACUCGUCGAGCGACUUUGGUCCAGCAUCCCGUGGCUCGUGACUCUGACUAUCGUCGUUGCGGGGCUCCCCGUCUUCUACCUGGUCAACAUCUCGCUGCCGCUCUUUCUGGGCAUCAACAUCCUGACGUUCCUAUUCAGCAUCACCAUCGUCCCGCCACGCAUGCGUCGAUUCGCACACCCCAUCCUCACCACCUCGAUCCUCACCGUCCUCAUUCUCUGGGGCCUUGGCGCUGCACGGGGCUGGACGCUCCGCCGCACUCUCUCAACGUACUCGGUGGACGCAAAGUACACGGUGCUCUGGUCGACAUCCGGCUACACCGGUCCCGUGAUCGGAGCAGGCGACGUGCUCUUCUCCACCCUCGAUGCCGGUAUUGUAUCGCUGGCGAUUCCGAUGUAUCGAUACCGUCGAGACCUCUGGCUUCACCUCGUCGACAUGCUAGCUGUGCUAGUGCCCUGUUCGAUGCUAUCGGUCUUUGUCUGGCCUACAGUGGCCGGGGCUAUUGGAAUCGCCCCCGAACGCGCCCUCGCCUUUGCGAGCCGGUUCAUGUCCACCCCGCUCGCGAUCGAGCUAUCCCUCACCAUCGGCGCGGACGAAAGCAUGACAGUGAUUCUCGUCGUCGUUACCGGCAUCGUGAUUACGAUCGUCAAGGAUCCCUUCUUCCGACUUUUCGGUCUCGACCCCAAGAACGACGGAGACGCCGGAAGCAAGGACUAUCUCACCAUCGGUAUCGCCAUGGGUAGCACCGCCGGCGCUAUUGGUGCUAGCAGUUUGAUUUCGACUCCGAGAUGCAUGGCUAUUGCAUCGUUGAGUUUUGUGCUGUUCGGUGCGAUAUUGCUCAUUUUGGCCGCCAUCCCACCCGUAGUGGAUACGCUCAGAGUGCUCGUCGGCGCAAGCAUCCAAUUCACCCCCGCAUCCUCGUAG